AUGGCGGCGGCCGGUGAGGAGGAGCAGCCGCCGUGCGGCCUGUGCGGCGCCGCCGCCGCCCCUUACACCUGCCCGCGCUGUAACCGUCGCCUCUGCUCCCUCGGCUGCUACCGGGGCCACGGCGGCUGCGCCGAGGCCUUUUACCGUGAGCAGGUGCUGCAGGCCCUGGAAACCGAGCGGGAUCCCCCACCGAGCCACGACCGACUGGCCUCCGCCUUCCGCCGGUUACGGCAGCUAGGCGAGGCCGAGGAUGCAGCCGGGCCUCUAGGCCGCGAUCUGUGGAAGAGCCUCAGCCCGGCAGAACGAGCGGGUUUCCAGCGGUUGCUGAGCUCGGGGGAAGCGGCGACACUGCUGCCGGCCUGGAGACCCUGGUGGUGGCGGCGGCGGCGGCGGCUGGGGGAGGAGCUGGGGAAGCCGCAGGCGGGCAAAGAAGAGGAAGGCGCCCCCAGCCCCCCGCCCUUUCUUCCCGCCGUCAUAACCCCCCUGAGCAGCCUCCGCGCUCCCCCUCCCUCCCCGCUGGUUCCGUUCCAGCUGCCCAACGUCCUCUUCGGCUACGCCUUCGCCCUCAGCCUGCACAGCGGGGACGAGACGCUGCUGCCCGAGCUGCCCGCCGCCGUCCUUGACGUCUCGGCCGCCCUUCGCGGCCGCCGGGCCUUCGCCUCCGCCGCCGAAGCCCUCCACGCCGCCCGUUACGACGUCAGCGUCGCCGGUUAUCCGCAAUGCCCGCUGGGAGACGCCGGGACGGUGUUGGCUGUUGUUCAGAUCUUGGAAGGGAGAGAAGGGAGAACCGACGGCGAAGACGUGGCCGUCGCUUUGCUUCACCUGGAGAGAUUGUUCCGGAAGGGAGAGAGCCAUUUGCCGAAGGAGGAACGGCGUCGGUUCAGCAACGCUCGCCGGAAGUGCCGCUACCUGCUGGCGUGGAGCCGGGAAGCACCGGAGACGCUGGCGGCGCUGGCGGAGGAGACGCGGGUCGUUCACGCUGGCGUGGCGCAGGAGGCGGCCGUCCUGAGAGAGGAGGCAGAGAGGGGCUGUGGGGGCCCCUGGCGGGAGCUCAUUAGCGACCGGGUUAACGAAGGGUUGGGAGAGAGGCGGCUCAUCCAAGAGCUGGACUGAGGAAGGGCGAAGUGAGUCGUGGUGUUUGUUAAGGGCUGGGGUUAACAAGGGUGAGAUGGCGGCUGGAGAGAAGGUGCUCGUUAAGGAGCCGGGAGGAACGAAUGGAUGGUAAAAGGUGCUCGUUAGGGGACGAGGCUAAUGAGCAUGGGGGGAAGCAGUGUUGGAGGAGAGUCCUCUUGGUAAGGAGCUGCGGUGACUUGACUGUGGUAACGAACAUUCACAGAAGCAGGCCCGGGAACAGCGCUCGUUAAGGGACAGGGGAGAACCUGCUCCUUAAGGAACCAGGCUAACGAGCAUCUGGUAGAAUUAGCGCCAGAAAAGGUGCUCGUUAAGGGGAUGAGACUAAUGAGCAUUGCAGGAAACAGUGUUGGAGAAGAAC